AUGGUCAGGUCCAAUCAGACCUCCCCUAUGAUGGGGUUCAUUCUCCAGGGACUCUCAGCCCACCCAAUGCUAGAGAAAAUCUUCUUUGUGCUUAUCUUGGUGGUGUACCUGAUGAUCCUGCUGGGCAACGGGGUCCUCAUCCUUGUGACCAUCCUGGACUCCCACCAGCACACACCCACGUACUUCUUCCUGAGGAACCUCUCCUUCCUGGACAUCUGCUACACAACAUCGUCAGUCCCACUCAUUCUUGAUAGCUUCCUCACUCCCAGGAAAACCAUCCCCUUCUCAGCCUGUGCCGUGCAGAUGCUUCUCUCCUUCGCCAUGGGAGCCACAGAGUGUGUACUCCUGAGCAGGAUGGCAUUUGAUCGUUAUGUGGCCAUUUGCAACCCCCUUAGGUACCCUGAGAUCAUGAGAAAGACUGCCUACGUGCCCAUGGCUGCCAGCUCCUUGGCAGCUGGAAGCACCACCACUAUGGUGCAGACAUCCCUAGCAAUGCAACUGCCUUUCUGCGGGGACAAUGUCAUCAACUACUUUCCCUGUGAGAUCCUGGCUGUCCUGAAGUUGGCCUGUGCUGACAUCUCCAUUAAUGUGAUCAGUAUGGGAGUGGCCAACGUGAUCUUUCUGGGAAUCCCAGUGCUGUUCAUUUUUUUCUCCUAUGUGUUCAUCAUUGCUACCAUCUUAAGGAUCCCUUCAGCAGAGGGGAGGAAAAAGGCCUUCUCAACCUGCUCUGCCCACCUUACAGUUGUGGUUGUCUUCUAUGGGACCAUCCUCUUUAUGUAUGCAAAGCCCAAGUCUAGGGAUCCACUGGGGGCAGACAAACAGGACCUUUCAGACAAGCUCAUCUCCCUCUUCUAUGGGGUGGUGACACCCAUGCUCAACCCCAUCAUCUACAGCCUGAGAAACAAAGAUGUGAAGGCUGCUGUGAAGAAUCUGGUAUUUCAGAAACGCUUCAUCCAGUGAUGGUGGGAGGGGUCCUGGUAGUCCUGUGCUCCCUGCUUUCUCCCACUGAGGAUCUCCGAGGAUAAGAUCACCAGAUGUGGGCCAACUUCAUCAAACGUUACAUAAAUCUCAUUAUACAGAAGGACUCUGUGUGAAC